AUGUAUCAACUCUGGGUGACACUUGGACUUGCAAUAAUCGGCUUCGGGUUAAUAAGUACAGCAUGGUAUAGGUCGACGUACUCCCUUAAACCUAUAAAACCUAUAAAACUUUUGACUAUACCUCUGAUUAAUCACGGCAAUAUACGAUAUUAUGGAAAUAUCGAAAUUGGAACUCCACCGCAGACAUUUAAAGUACUUUUCGACACUGGUUCCUCAGCUCUCUGGGUUGCUGGAGUUAAGGUUGUAUCCCAACCAUUUGGAGUGGUUACAAGCGAUUUGUCCUUCGAGGAGGAAUUUGAUGGCGUCCUGGGGAUGGGUUACCCCUUCUCAUCCCAGACUGGGACUCCUGUAUUCAAAAACAUGAUUGAUCAAAACUUGGUGUCCCAAUUAGUUUUCAGUUUCUAUCUAAGUCGAGAUCUGUCAGUCGCGACGAGUAGUGAACUGAUAUUGGGUAGUUCGAAUCCCGUUCAUUACAAGGGCGAGUUUACAUAUGUUAAUGUUACUAAAGAAAGAUACUGGCAAAUUACUAUGGAUAAGGUUCAAAUAAGGGAUACAAUCUUAUGCGCGAUCGGUUGUCAAACUAUCGUCGACACGGGCCACCACGCGAUAGCUGGACCACCGCAGGCUAUCGCAGCUCUUAACAGAGAGAUCGGUGUUGUUGAUGAUAUGGUGCCAUGCGACGAUGAUUAUAUUUUUAAAUUGCCCGAUGUCAAUUUCGUCAUAGGUGGUAAAACGUUUCGACUCACUGGUCAAGAUUAUAUCUUGAAGCUCGGUGCUGCAUUUGGAAGUAAAUGCUUUUCCGGCUUUCAAAAUGUUCCGUUUAACACGCGUAACAUAGAAUGGAUUUUGGGCGAUGUAUUUAUUGGUCGAUACUACACAGAGUUUGACAUAGAGAACAAUCGAGUGGGAUUUGCAACUGCAAAAUAA